AAAAAAAAAAAAAAAAAAAAAAAAAAACGAAGAAAAAUCUUCAGCAGACAGAUCAGCCUCGCCCCCCAUCACUGUUGCAAUACAAUGACCUCCCAAAUUGUGGAUGAUUUAUCUCCUGUUCUUAAUCACACAUGAAAAAACGAAGCAAUUCCCUUAAAACCUUUCAUUUCCCACCAAUUUUCCCUUUUCAAAACCCUAAUUUUCGCCCCCAGUUUGUUGUUUUCCGGAGACCUCACCGGUUUUCUCUUCCGAUGAUGCCCAAUAUUUGAGAAAACUGAUUCCAUUACGUUGUACUUUCUCAUUCUCUUGAAUCGGAGCCCGAAUUCGAGGAUCUGAUGGAUUUCCAAGAAAGAGAUUCGUCCAUGGCGAUUUCCAGGACCUCGAAUUCGUAUAUCAAUGGACCUUCCUUGAGCCAUUCUGCUUGGUUUGAGGUACGGCUCUUCUACGUUCGGAUUUCUCCCUGUGUGAUUGAUUGCGUUCCCGAUCAUCUUAAUCUGCGUCACCUUCGACGCGAAAUUGGUGUUUCCCUUGAGAUUAAUGGGUCUCAAAUUCCGGCCUCCGACUCUGUUUCUAUAGCCCUUCGCCGCGAUCGUCUCAACAAGGAAUCCUCGGAGGUUACAUACGUUAGUACCGAUAGCAUUCGGGUUACGGGGGGUGUGGAGUUCGAGGUGUAUGAGAAUGAGGAUUUGAUUCUCUGUGGGUCUUUGGAACGAAUCGAGACCAACUGGAUUAAUGGGAGCGUUGGAUUGGAGAACAAUUCAAAGACAGGUUGGACUAUGGAAUGUUUCAUGGCUGCGUCCAUGUGUUCGGGUUCGUCGGCCUUUUUCCAGCCUAAACUUGGGGUAUCCUCACCGGCAAUUGAGGUUUAUAUCGCCGGUUGUUGUUCCGGUAUGCCUGUGAUAUUGACGCAAACGAUUCAGGUUAGUCCGAGGCGGAAGAACUUGAGGCAAUGUGCCCUGGAUGCAAUUCCGGAGGAUGAAGAAGUGGGAAAGGAGGAGAAUAUAAGUAAUGGGUUGAUUCGGCACCAGAAAGUGCAGAUGAUAGAGUCUGAAGUUGAUGAUUAUGACCCAGAUGGUAAAAUGGGGCAUGGUUUCUACAGUGAUGAUAUGUACACUGGCGAAGAUGGGCAGCUUUCAUGGUUCAAUGCAGGGGUUAGAGUGGGUGUUGGUAUUGGUCUCGGUGUGUGCCUCGGGGUUGGAAUCGGUGUCGGCUUGCUCAUGCGUUCAUACCAAACCACAACAAGACAUUUUAGACGACGUAGAACUCUCAGAUCCUCCGCCGCAAUGCCUCAACGGAAUAACCCUAAACCUCUACCGUUGGUCGUUACUCUCAACUGCAUCGAAGAUUGUUCGCUGGAACAGGAUUGUUUGGCCGGCGUUGCUGUGGUGGAGCAUGUACCGCUUAGUCGUUUGGCGGGCGGGAAAAUCGAGUCGGCUGCGGCGGUGCUUCUUCACUCGCUUGCGUACCUCCCACGGGCUGCUCAGCGCCGGCUUCAUCCUUACCAUCUUAUCCUAUGUCUCGGUUCGGCUGACCGCUCCGUCGAUUCCGCUUUAGCUGCGGAUCUUGGUCUCCGGCUGGUUCAUGUCGAUACUUCCCGAGCGGAGGAGAUUGCCGACUCCGUCAUGGCGCUUUUCCUUGGAUUGCUUCGCCGCACUCAUCUGCUCUCUCGUCAUACACUCUCGGCUUCGGGAUGGCUCGGGUCUGUCCAGCCUCUUUGCCGUGGCAUGAGGCGCUGUCGAGGAUUGGUUUUGGGGAUUGUUGGCAGAUCUUCUUCGGCUCGGGCCUUGGCUACGAGGAGCUUAGCCUUCAAGAUUAGCGUGCUUUAUUUUGAUGUCAAUGAUGGAAAGGAGAAAGUGAGCAAGUCUACGGUAACAUUUCCAUCUGCUGCUCGAAGAAUGGAUACUCUUAAUGAUUUGCUUGCUGCAAGUGAUCUUAUAUCACUUCACUGUGCCCUAACAAACGAUACAGUUCAGAUUAUCAAUGCUGAAUGUCUGCAGCACAUAAAGCCUGGGGCAUUUAUUGUUAAUACUGGUAGUAGCCAAUUAUUGGACGAUUGUGCUGUGAAGCAACUUCUGAUUGAUGGAACCUUGGCUGGCUGCGCUCUGGAUGGUGCUGAAGGGCCACAAUGGAUGGAAGCAUGGGUGAAGGAAAUGCCAAAUGUAUUGAUACUUCCGCACAGUGCAGAUUACAGUGAAGAAGUUUGGAUGGAGAUCAGGGAGAAAUGCGUCUCUAUAUUACAGACAUUCUUUGUUGAUGGGGUUUAUCCGGAGAAUGCCAUCUCUGAUGAGGAUGAGGACGAAUGUGAGGUUAAUGAAGUAAAAGAACAAUCUGAUGAUCGAGGUAAAGAGGGCACCCUUCAGCUUGCGGUUGUUGAACAGUUGACUGAUGAUAACCACUUAAGUCCAGAGAGCUCCCAGAAGAAUGGGUUGAAUCGCUCAACUGAGUCAUCCAGUCAGCCCCAGAGUUCCAGUUUGUCUCAAACUACUGUGACCCGCUCUGAUGGAAGGCGCAGUAGGUCUGGUAAGAAAGCCAAAAAAAGGCAUACACGUCAAAAAUCUCAACAGAAGGAUGAUUCUCUCAUGUUAGAAAAGGAAAGUACCUCUCAUCGAGAAGAUGAUACUGCCAUGAGUGGCACAGAUCAAGUAUUAAGUUCUAGCUCCCGAUUUGCUUCCCCUGAUGAAUCGAGAAACAGGAAAGUGCCUAUGGAGUCUUUGCAAGAAUCUAUCUCAGAUCCAUCACUUAAAUCAAAAAAGAAAUUAUUUAGAAAGUCUAUUGAUCAGCUGAAAGAUGGGUAUAUUGUAGCCAUGUAUGCUAGAGAUUGUCCUACACUCCAUGUAUCCCGGCAAAGAGUUAAAGGUGGUGGUUGGUUCCUUGAUACCAUGACAGAUGUGACAAAAAGAGACCCUGCUGCACAGUUUCUGGUAGUUUUCAGAAACAAGGAUACGAUUGGUCUUCGAUCUCUCUCUGCUGGUGGGAAGUUGUUGCAGAUAAAUCGUAGAACGGAGUUUGUAUUCGCUAGCCACAGUUUUGAUGUUUGGGAGAGUUGGAUGCUUGAAGGUUCUCUGGAAGAAUGUAGGCUGGUCAAUUGUAGAAACCCAUUGGCACUUCUGGAUGUGCGCAUUGAAGUUCUCGCAACUGUAGGUGAUGAUGGAGUUACUCGCUGGCUAGAUUAGAAGUAUUCAAAUUUCCACCCCUUUUGUCCACUAAUUCAAGGUUUGCAUAACUUCGAAAGCUUGAAAAGUUGUAGAGCAUUCUUUUUCCUUUCUUCGUUUUUGGUUACCUUAUUCCUCUUUCGGUUGUUUGCCAUAUUUGAGCGAAAAGGCUACCUUCUUUACUAUAGGCUUUGAAGUCUCUGUCUCUGUACUCAGCCUGUGGAUGAAUGAGUGUACUUUGUAAUCUAUUUUAGAGCUUUACGAAGAUUUGUCAAGAUUGAACGCACUUUCUCUCUCGACUAGACUUCUAGUGUAAAUCAUUGUCUUGCUUCCUUAUCAAGUCAAAGGUUGAUGGU